AUGCCUUCUCUCGAACUCGUCACAAACGUCAAGCUUGCAGAUCCCAAGGCGUUUGCCCUUGAUUUCUCAAAAGUCGGCGCAGAGACACUCGGAAAGCCGGAAGGCUAUAUUACAGUCAACAUCACGUACAACGAGACACUCACCUUUGCCGGCACCUUCGAUCCCGCGUAUGUCCUCAGCAUCAUAAGCCUCGACAACCUCAAUCCAGAAGCGAAUGAACGCUACAGCAAGGUCUUGUCUGAGUACUUUGCAAAGAAACUUGGCGCUCCUUCGGACAGGGGAUACAUCGCCUUCAUUGAUCCUGGCAGAGCAAACAUUGGCUACAAGGGAACCACGUUUGCUACGAUUUUUGGAAAGCAGUAG